GCCCGCCGUGCGCAUGCGCGCGGGACGCGAAAGCAGACUUAAAAAGCAUCAAUAUGGCGGCCUGUUCAACGGCAGGUGUGAGAAGUGUCGGCCUGAACUCUGGAAUAGCCAUGAAGGACUGCUACUCGCAAAUUAAAGGAGGCGAGAAAAUAUGCAGCGGAGAUGCCAACUGCCCGUUCAUCAAUGGCAACGACUCCGGCCAGGGCGAGGAGCGAUGGCUACAGUCGCUUCGCCAGUUCCACAGCGGGCGGAAUCUCCAAAUGGUUCAUCUUUCGCCGUCAGUCACCGAAAAGGAUAUCAUUGAUUUCUUCCAACAAACCGGGACCCUGGUGAAGAAGGUAGAAAUAAACAGGAGGACGCACAUAGCGCGUAUGAAAGUGGACAGCUCGUACGAGUUCGACCCGCUGAUCCGGCCUUGGAACUUCCCGCGCACCCUUCUGGGCACGGACGCCAAGCUGAAGAUGGGCAGCAGCGACAGCUUCCUGUGCGUGACCAACCUGCCCACCAACUGGACGGUGAAGCAGUUCCAGGAGCUGUGCGAGAAGUUUGGGCCUGUGGUGCGCUGCUUCCUCAUCUACCAUCACGCCACGGACGAGAGCCUGGGCUUCGGCCUGGUCGAGUACUGCAGCCGCGCCGUCGCCUGCCAGGCCAAGAACCUGCUGCACAAGAAGCAGGUGGCCCAGGGGGAGAUCCACUGCGACUGGCUCGAGCACAACCUGGUGAACUACGCGGACCUGUAUCCGCGCUGCCUGUACGUGGGCAACCUGCCCACCACCUUCUGCGACAUCUAUGCCUUCAGGCAGCUCUUCACGACCGUGGCCAGCCCCACCUACUGCCAGCUGUCCAUCGUAAACGGCGUACCACAAGGCUUCGGCGUAGUGGAAUUCCGUCUGCACGAGGACGCUCGCAAGACCAAGGAGCUGCUCCACGGCCACUGCCUCAACGGCAACCGCCUCAACAUCCUCUUCACCUCCCCGGGCGUCAGCGCCUACAAGCUCUACAACCGCAUUAUCGAAGAACAGGCUAAGAAGCUGGAAAAGAACAAUGGUAUCAUUCAGACGCCUCAACUCUCGCCCGCUCUGCUUGCCCAAUUCUCGGUCGUGCAGAACUCAAAGGUGGCAAAGACGUUCCAGAAAGCCAUCAACCUCAAGGGCAAAGGGAAGAACGCGUCUCAAGUUUCGACGACUGCGGCGAGUAACCACGCACUCAUAGCACUUCAGAACUUCUUCAACCAGCAGAUUUGCACUCAACAGGCCUUGCCCCAUGCUGUGUUGAUGCAGGGCCAGAUGGCGCUUGGCCUGCCGGCGCCCCCGUCCGAGGCCGGCCAGUACGAGGGCCAGCAGCCCGGCUCGGCCGCCUCGAGCAGCAGCAGUGGCAGCGGGGAGGAGAAGGCCAAGCAGGCGGCGGAAGACGGCGGCUCACCCGAGGAGCGCCACAAGCGCAAGGGCGAGCCCGUCUACCAGCCCCAGUGUCCACUUAAUUAUUCCACCAUGGAUAAUUCUAGUAAGCACCCCAGCUGGGCCUUCGAGGCGGGCGCCUGCCAGCAGCAGCAGCGCCAGGGAACAUACCCGCCCCAGCCGCAGCAGCAGCAGCAGCAACAGCAGCAGCAGGUCGAGGCAAACAACGAAGCCAUCAACAUGUCGAGUGAGAGCCGCGACCAGCAGAGCCCCCCGGGGGCAUCUUGCAGCUGGCAGUCGGCGUGGGCGGCGGGAGGACAGCAGUCUCAGGAGCAGUCGGGGCAACCCAUCAUGCAGCAGGGGUCCUCCUAUGACAAGCAGGAAUCCGACAUGUCCCCAUCAGACCGUAAGCGCAAGGUGCACCAGCUGAUGCCAUCACCCGAGCCAUCGCCCGAGCACGGCUACAUCGGCCAGCAUUCGCAGGCACUCGGCGGGCACUAUGCCGACUCGUACUUCCGCUACAAGAAGAUGAAGGUGGGCACUUAAGGCCCGCCCACCUCCCCCCCUCAAGCCCCGCACCUCCUUUCUCUCGCCCCCUCCAACAACAAAAACAACGCCACCGGCCUCGGCGCGACCGAGUGCACUCCAUGGCAGCUCAGCUGAGGAAUUCCACUUCGACCAGGAGAAGACUAGCGAAAUCUGAGCAACCCGCAAGUUUGUUUCGGUUCCGCAUCACUUCAGUUCUUUUCUUCGCUUCCACCAAACAUUGGUCCGAUUUGCCUCGCAAGAGAAGCGAAAAAAUGAAGCGCGUUUAAUCCGGGGCUGUUCCCGCGAGGGAACUUCAAUAUCCUCUGUGUCGUAGAGACCGUACCACUCUGUUCACUUCUGCCUCGGUUGUUCGUCGACGGUAAUGCAUCGACCGCACGUUAAGGCUUGCCACAUCGCGGCCAUGCUGUUCGUUUCUCUCCCGCCUCUCGUUAGUGUUCCUGCCCGUACUUGCGUUUCGCUUUUAAACGUUAGGCUUAAACUCGUUGACGUCCGACCAUCUUCCGGUAUUUGACGCGCGCCGCAAGCGUGCCUCCGGUGUUUCUCGGCAGUGCGUGUUGGAGGGGGACUGGGUUCGUAGCAGGGCAAGUCGCGGUCCUAGCGGGUCUUGUGGUGGCGGGUAGGUCACCGGGAGGGGUGCGACGCACCGCUGUGCGAUUUGUCGUCGUCUUGCGACGACAGAACAAAGACGAAAAACGACGACGCUCUUCCGCCUCCGGCUACCCCACCCUACCCCCACCCUCAUUCUGCGGCUCCGCAGGCAACUCCCCCUCUUGAUCAAGCCGGAAGGAACUUUAUAUAUAUUUAUAUACAGACUUCACCAAGAAACAAACAAAAAAAAAGGACGUACGCAGAGAGGCCCACGUGCCUCCACGCCGUGAUCGGCGCCAUCGCGGUCGUCGCGAAGCGUUUUUUGCGUCGGUAAACUUGUGACGUGACCUGAGGAGCGACGAGACGUUGAUGACGGGCAGAUGCGCUUCCACCUGCCGAGCAGCUUUUUGCUGCCUCGUAGCAGUGAUAUUCCCCCGCUUUUCGCAAAGAAAGCAACGGGAGGGUAAGCGUGCCCUGUUGCCUAGCUUUUCCUGGCGUUCGUUGGGUUGAGGUUUUGGGGGCUCCGGUCUCUCUUGCCCCCAGAUAAGUCCCUCUCCCCCGUCGCCCUUUCCACGUCGCGUGGCUCUCUCGCUCCUAUUUAGCCUACUCAGUGAAGCCCCGUCUCUGUCCCCACGGUGUGUAGUGGCGAGCGCGUCACAACUUUGUGCGAGCGCCAUAGAUGUUUCUAUUCGUUUCCCUUUGCCCAGGGGAGAGGGAGCUUGAUUUAAAUGUUUAGAGAAAAAAAAGAAAGAGAUCGGCGAAGGUGGGACGAAGCGUGCAAGAUGCACCGGCACGAGAGAACCUUGAGGAGAUUCUCCUUUUUCUGCAAACUAGCCAUCAAAGUGUUUUUUCUCGCACGGAGAACAGGAGCGGCGACAGCGUUGGACGAACCUAUGCAGACGACACUUCCAGAGGCAGUCCUGCCGUUUUUCACACGUCUUCUCUCCCGCUCUCUCUCGCUUCUUUACUUUCACAGUUCGGCACCGUCUCGGUUUCCAAAAGCGCGUCACAUCGCCGAGGUACCGGGCGAAGACUGACCCGCUAGCAUGCACGCAAUCUUUCGUUUCUCGCAUUCAGAGGAAACACCGGCGAGAGAGAGGCGCAUAUUUUGGAUUUUCGGGUGAGGUUGCGUUGCAAAAAACCUCUCCUCUCUUUUUUUCCCGCAGACGCGGCGGACCCUCCCCCCACCUGCUUUUCUGGAAUUUUAUGCACUGCCUUUUGCAGAAAACACCCCCGAUUUUUGUAGCACCCUCGCGACCUGUAAUGAAGGAGAAAUCGGCAGAGGCUGCUCUCUCUAUUUUCUUUCCGUCUCACGCGCACCUGACGAUUUUUAGUUGUUUUUUUUUUCCCCUCGUACAAGAGCUGUAACAUGCUAUUUUCCAUUAGAGGGGCUGUUCCUCUCAAAACUAAGAGCAGUUUGCGAAGCAAAAGAUAAAAAGAAAUGAAGAAAGGCCAAGAAGCCAGGCCCAUUGCAGCGUAUUUUGUCGGUGUUGUUGUUACCGUAGUUGUCCUUUGACCAUCGUCGUUGUUUGCACUUUUUUUUUUUUGUUGUGUGACAUUGUAGAUGCUCUUGGAUGGCUGUUGCGUCUUUGUUUCUUUGCUGUCCUUGCAAUUUCUGGGGGUAAGUGCACGAAAUUGCGCCCCUCUGUUCAUAAGCAGCAUCUAUUCUUUCUCGCUCUCUCCCCUCUUUUCGUCAUGUUCAUAGAUAUUCUCUGUACUUCUCGUUUGUGCGUUUACUUUAUCUUCUUCGUUAGUUUCGAGUUUUUUUGUUGAGGCACGUACAAAAAAGGGGUGACGACAGUGGUUCUGUUGCCGGCAAGUUAGCACGGCAGUGACGGUGGUUCCUUUAUUUUCGUGUUUUUACGGUUUUGCUUGUUUGUGCGUGUGUCGUUUUUGCGUCGUUUUUUGCCGCUGUGAUGAGUUUACCGUGUGUGUGAGUGCGUGUGUUGUAUGCAUACGCAGAGGCUCUGGUCACUACUCCGCUGUUGUUUGUAAUGGAGCCCUGUGUGUGUGUGUGUGUGUGCGUGUGUUUGUGCAUGUAGGAAGUAGCAGCCAGCCCGACUGGAAAAAGGUGCACGAUGUAAGACACAGGAUACCUCGCAUUGUGUCCGUUGUUCUGGGUUUUCACACCCAGCCUCGACCCUAACAUUAUUAGCUCUACGUUUUAUUUUUCUUUGAACUCGUUGUAUUGCUGACUCUUCCAGUGUGCGUAGCAUAGACCAAAAUCAAAUCUCUUUAUCUGUUUUUCUUCCGCCGUGCUUCCUUUUUAUAGUUCUUUUUUCGUUAAGUCUAGUAUGCAUUAUAAGCACUUCCUUACAUGAUCAUGGUCAGUCAUUAGGAGUGGCAGUGCGCUUUUAAAGCAUUUUACGCACCCCACCCAUUACUUUGUGGUGCCCUAGUGACGAAUGAAGCCUGGUGAAUUUAUUGCAGCGUGUUUUAUCGUGUUCACAUUCAUGUCCAGUGUAUUCCUUGUUGUCGAAGUAUGAAAAAGCAGCUUUGGUAUUGCAUGCCCUUGCUUUUUUUUUUUUUUUUAGUUCCAUUUUGUGUGGGCUGUCAUUAGCAUUUUCACCGCAGCAAUGCUCCUCACUUCCCGUUUCAUCGUUUUUUUUUUUUGCUGUGUCUCUGUGUUACACAUAGGCAUUGCACGCAUUUAACCUGUAGCUCCGCUGCUUUGGUUACCGUACUGUACAUAAUCCAUUUGCGCGCCUCUACCGCGGUGCGCCGUUCGACGCGAACAGGCGACCGACGGGGACGUGUCGCAUCAUCGAGACGCGCUUUUUAGCGACGCCCCAUGUAACCUACGUUUCCUGCCUCGUCGCCGACACGGCCCAAGUAUUCCGCGUCCGGAAGUAGGCAGCCCGCAGCAGUGUAGCAGCUGGCAUAGCUCGUUUCACAAUAACGGUUAGCACUGUAUAUCUCUCUCGCUUUCUCUCGGCUCUUGUCUAGUAGCAGCACGCUUGUGGCUUUUGGCGGGUGAAACCCCUUCGUCCCCUGCAAAACCCCCUCCCAUUUCCCCUCGUGGUGUACAUUUACGCUUUUUGCUUUGUAUGCGCAGUAUGUACUACUCUCCCCGCCCGACUACCCGUACUAACUAUUCAAACGCUUGGUCCAAUCAGGGUUUUUUUAGUAGUGCCAUACAUGUGUAAGGUCGCACUCUACCAAGUAUCGAGUUGCAAGCAAAGUUAUUCGUAAGCGCAGACGCAUGUUGGUUGGUGUUUUCACGCCGUCGCUAACGUAUUUUACCGUGCUGUUGUUCCUUUCUGUGGCUCUCUAGAUUAACUUUAUUUUUCCCGGUGCUCUCUUGUAACACGCGGCGUUGGAGCGCUGCGGCGGGCAUCGGAUCUACGAAACGAGUAUGCAUACUGCUUGAGUAACAAAAUAUUCUUCCAGAGGUGUGUUUAUCGUUUUCUUCGCAUCUUUCCGACCUUUUCUCGCCGCCGCUAGUCGUGUUUACGCCUCCCCUUCCUCUGCUGUGUGCAACGUAUACUCAUUUGUAUCCAUUCAAUGUAUAUAAUUAUCAGUCAAUGUUACGUUUCAAGGAAAUAAACAGUCCAGUACUCCCAA